AUGGGCCAAGGAAGAAGUAGAGACACGGCCUACGUGGCCCCGGAGAUGCUGCAGCAGCCAAUGAGGAAAGCGGGAAGUCUGACGAGCCUUUCUUUCGGGAGGGCCAGGAAGAGUGGAGGGGUGCGGCGCUCGCGGAGCUUCAGAGAGAACAAGGAGGUCCAGGAAGCGCUACUCCGACUGAGGAUAGAGAGCGAGAUGAAAGACCUGCAGCGAUGGGUGAACGAGCGCCCAAAGAAACACGCUAUGGAUGGGGUCAUUCCGCCGAAACUCGUCGACCUUGCCGCCGUGACGGUUGCACAAAACCUCCGAGGACCUGCCGACGUGGACGGACUCCCGGUCACGCGUGAACUGAAAGAUGUUGUGGAGUUUCGUCUCUUGCCGACCUUCGACGAGAAGAAUGCAGAUCCCAAGACAAUCUUCACGGACCGCGGCCGCAACGCUCAGUACACGGGAAAGGGGUACAGCACGACGGUGAUGAAAACGCCGUCCGGCCGCGGGCUAAGGCACGGCCGUCACGCCUGGAUAAUCUACGUGGACACGAGUAGGGUGCAGGGCUGGAUGCAGAUCGGAGUAGUAAACCAGAAGCGAAUGGACACCGAGUGCUCCACGGCCUGGGACGGGAAUCCCCACCCCUUCAGAAAGGGGGAGAUAGCCAGACGCAGCAACGGGAACUUUCACUCGGGCCGAAACGAGCUGGAAGCCACCAUGGUCCAAGAAACGAUAUUCCUCAGUGGAUAUGGAGCAGGAGACACCAUUGGCAUGAAGGUAGACUUUGACGCCAGAGAGCUUUACUGGCUCAAAAACGGAGAGCCUUACGGGAGCCGGGUGUCAUUUGACGAGGACACCGUAUUUCACCCCAGUGUCAGUUUGGACAGUCCAGGCGAGACUGUGUCUAUCGUGUACUACAGUGGACCCAUAGCAAUCUAG